CAGCAGAAGACGAUGAAUGCAACGGCCGUAGUUCCUUCGCUGCUGGCUCUGUUCUUGGCUAAUGGGACCUCGGUGCUGGACUGUCUCUGCAGUCACAUCAACAACUCGAAUGAUCAAGGCAGAAGCUGGAGAAUGAGGGGUAGUGACGGUGAAUAUCAACUGUGGUGGGGAUACUGCAAACAUUUGUAUGACGACACGCUGAGCGGAACUCGCGGGACGCUGGAGCCGCCGUCCGCCGCGGUUCCGGCCGUGGCCCGCCUGGCAGCCAGCAUCUCCAGCUACGGACCGCCGCCGCCCCCUGCAGCAGAAGGGGAGGGCGAGGUCUGCGACGGCGCCCUGGCGGCUCUCCGCCGCCUCUCCUGGGACGAGGCCAACCAGCUCGGCGAGGGGCUCAGCUGCCGAAUCGCUGCCGACUGUAUCGCCUCCUGCCCUGUACCAAGGUUGUACGACGUGGAGUGGAACGUGACAGCGCUGCAGGCGGAUCACCUGAGGCACCGUGUCCUCUCCCAGUCACUGCACGCUGUCGGACGAAUCACAAGAGCCAUACUCGCCAGGGGACGAUGUGAGAUCUACAAUCGGCUUAAUUUUAAGCUGAGGUACUCGAACGAAACUGGCCUCCAGGUCCAGCAGACGGUCUACCUGGAACAGCUCUCCAGCUACUGGCGAGACUUUAAACACCUAUUCUCACUCGCUGUGACGCAUGCAUCACGACUGUUCAUUCCCCUCGCAUUCGAAUACAUGGGUAACAACACGACUGACCAGCGACUCCAUGGGUGGAUUAAGGACAUGGAACGUGUGCAAGACAUGCUGCACACGAAAUUAAGCAGCUGGCUAAACGACGUGCAAUCCGUCAGAGACCAGAUAGCGCACUACGAAGUAGAAGACGACAAGAACAGGACUGGGUAUUUUAUACUCAGGCGGCCGCUGUUGAAUGAAAAACUGCUCGAAUAUCAGCCAAACUUCCUUUUCUUUCGAGAGGACUUCAGUGCUCCAUGCGAGGAGCGGCAGCCGGAGGCGUCACAAAUGUUCGGCCUCGCCGAUGCACUGUAUGCCUUCUAUUAUACCGAGUGGUUUGGAACAGGAUGGAGCUUCAUGCAACGCUCCGUAGAUGCUCCCAGGCCUGUGGAUGAGGAGUGGCAGCUGGAGGACAGAAGCAAUGCUACGCUUUCCAUAGACACUGACUGCAUACAGCUGUUGGUGGACGCCUUGGACCAUCCCACGUGUCCGCUGGAAGACCUGCCACAGGAGACCACCGAGCAGCGAGAGCAGUGCCGUGUACAGCUGUCGGACGACGUGGUUCAGGGGUGGCCCCACAUACCCGUCACCAGCUACCUGGCCUACACGCAGAGGGCCAACGUCAACCUCUGUCUGCUGGCCUGGAUGACAGUCAACUCGCACAGCAUUUGUCAGGACGUCCCCUUUAGUGUGGUACAGUCUGUGCGUGAUGCUGCCUGCUAUUUCAGUACACCUGAUGACCAGUCGUGUCUGGAACCGAACGCAACACAUGCCAUCUGCUCUGUUUCCAGAGCUAUUCUGUUGAUGAAGUGUCGAGAUUUUUCAUCCCAUAAGCCUCAGAAGAUGUAUCGCGUCACACUUUACCCAAAUGGAUCGUACUCGACCGUGUUGGAAGAUAAAUUCCUACAAGGUUUCUACAGACAGUAUGGAAAGGAUUUACAAAGAGCACUGAUCGACAAAGACAGUUUAAACAGUGCCACAUUGAAAUACAAAGAUCUAAAAACCGACAGCUUAAAAGCUUUAGAAAUUUCUUUUAUAGCAGUAAAUAUUUUCUUCCGCUCUUUGACUGCAGCAGUAUAUAUGUACCUUCCCCAGCUACGCAAUUUGCCUGGCAAGAUAUUCUUGUCCUUUCAGAUCACGGGUAUAAUCCAGAUCCUGUGUUCUGAGGUCGUGUAUCGUAUGGCUGGUGUCCCCGUCCUGGCCAAUGCAGUGCUGAUAGAUAGCGCCCUCACACUCCUCUGCUGUAUCUGGCUGAACUCAUUCUGCUACCAGAUGUACGCCUGUGUCCGUCAUCUCAGGCUUCCUAGCGACCUGCUACCUGCCGAAGCAAGAAAGCUGUUCCGUCGCCAGGCGCUGUAUGCACUAAUACCCUGGGGUAUAGUAUGUACAAUAACUAUUGCUUUGGAAAAGACUAGCAAAUUUUAUUUGUUCCACAGUCGGAUAAUAUUCCUCAUCGCGAUUUUACUGUCAGUAACUUACAAUUUGGUAUGUCUUGGAUUGGUGGGCUACAUGUUCCUGCUCAAUAAGAAAUCUAUGACUCAUCUCAGAAUUUACAGCAAAGAUACAUUUGGAUCAAAGAAAGAAAUUCUUUUUUCGUCAGUUAAGACUGUCUUCUUAAGCGGGCUAGGUGUGAUUAUUAGAAUUGGGUUUCACCAGGCACAGGGUGUGGCACAGUUUGUUUACUACUUACAUAUAUCUACGAUGAUGCAGGGACCACUGUUGUUCGUUUUUUUCAUUUGCAACGGAACAACGUUCCCUACACUCAAGAACAGGAUACUAGCGUGUCUCAACCCAAACAUAAUCAUUCCAGGGGAAGAGCUGUGUUCAGCAGCCGAGAGGAAUCUAGCGAGGAGAAACAAUCAACAACCCGCGGUAGCAGAAUCCUCGUUGUAAUCUCCGUGAGUUUUUUUCUCAAACGAUCGUAUCCACUGUGGACCAUUCUAAAGCGUGUGCUCAGUUACAGAGUCCAGCAGAUGAGACAAAAUUAACUAUGACCGAUUUCACAAAACAAUUGCACCAGUUUCAUAAUUUAUUCCUUAUUUACAAUCACAUACUUAUUUCUACUUGGUAGCAUAAAAGAGUCUAGUAAUUAAUGAUAGGUAUGGAAAGUAAUGUGAAGUGAACGAAAACAUGUUAAAGGACAGUAUUACACUGGACUUGACUAACGUAAUAUUGUGAGCAGCAGUGUUGACUUGUUGAGCUAGAGAUAUGUGAAAGUACUAUAGAGGACGUUAAAAAGUUAUGUGCAGCCUGUGUGAUAACCUUCAAUAAGGAUAAUCAUUAUUUGAGAAGUGAUGUAUACAGACAGUAUUGUGGUUCGAAAGACAUGUGUCAGAAGAUAAACUGAAAGGACACAGGUUUUUCCAAAAGUACAGCACCACAGUAUUUACUGUUUAGUGUGACAGUUAGUUAGUUAUGUCUUCCAUAGAUCAAUCUCACGGUACCCGUUACGAUGUGGGACAUGUAAAGUGGAUAAGAAAUGCACACACGACUCUAUGUUAUUUUUUUUAAGCUUAAAGUUUUUAUUACCUACCCCAUUGCCUUAAAUGGCACAAAAUGCAUAUAUUAUACCUAUAGAUUUAUUUAUUCCUAUUCAAGUAUUCAUCUAUGGUAUAGAAGGAGCUGUUUAGGGGAUAUGAUUCCAGUUUAUUACUGAAACCGUUACUGCUGUUAGUGAGACAUUUUAUUUCAUCUGGUAAUUUACCGAAAAGUUCUACAGCAGCAUAUAUUACCCCUUUCCAUGCCAAAAGAUAAGUUAAGUGCAGUGUUAAGUCUUUCUUUCUUGUGGUAUUACAAUCAGGAACGUCUCUAUUGUUUCUAACUCGCCCAUAUUGUAGAGAACAAAUUUCAUUACUGAGUGAAUGUACUGUGAGGCUGUUGUAAGAAUCCCUAACCUUUUAAACAGAUUACUACAAGACCUUUUAAACAGAUGACCAGAGGAUGUGCGGCUGUGGGCCCCACACAUUAUUCUAACCACAUUCUUUUAAGCAAUGAAUACUUUUUUCAUAAGUGUGUGUUAUCUUACUAACUUCAGUAUCCUGAAAAAUUGGCAAUUAUUCUGAUUGCAAAAGUUGCUGAAUCUAGUCGCUUUAGGAGAUACAAAAUAUGAAUGUUUCAUUUAAGAUUCUCAUAUAUAUGUACACCGAAAAAAUUAGUAUGCUCUACUCUGGAUACUGGAUGCUGACUUCUGUUGAUGUAUUAUAUUUAUUGAAGGAACUGUACUCAUUGCAUCAUAAAAGUGGAUGUUCCAUGUUUUUUCAAAGUCCUGAGCAAGGCCAUUCACAGAAAAUCAAUUCGUUAAUAACUUUUCCAAAAACAUCAUUUGUAUCAUUUUCUAUUGGAGUUUCUUUUACUGGAUUAAUAAUGAUGCUUGUAUCAUCAGCAAACAGUGUCAGUUUAGCUUCUUGUUUGAGAUAAGAAGGCAGGUUAUUCACAUGUAUCAAGAACACAAGGGAGCCCAUGAUCAAACCCUGUGUAACACCUAAUGUAAUUCCCCACCAGUUAGUUGAAGUGGCAAACUGCCUUAAAUCACUUAAACUACACAAAGAAACUUUUUGCUUUCUGUUCUGCAGAUAUGACUUAAACCACUGAUAUGCUGUUCUAUUUAUACCAUAGAAUUGUAAUUUCUGUAACCAAAUGUCAUGGUUCACACAAUCAAAUUCUUGGAUAAGUCACAGAAAAUUCCUGUUGAUGACGUUUAACUAUAUUAACUUUCUAUUACGUGGGCAGCGAAAGUGUAUUUUGCUGUCUCAGUGGAACAGCAUUUUUGAAAUCUGAACUAUGGUUUACUGAGUAUUCCAUUACUGUUGCGAUGGCUAACUGCUCUUGUGUACAUUACAUUCUCGACAAUUUUUGAAAAUGCUGUAAGCAAGGAUACUGGCCGAUAAUUAUUAACAUCUUCCAUGUCCCCUUUUUUGUACAGGGGCUUGACAAUGGCAUAUUUUAACCUGUCUGGGAAAAUACCUUGAGUUAGUGAUGCAUUAUAUAUGUGACUCACAACAUCAGCUGUAGCUGGUCCAAAUUGUUGUAAUAUCUUAUUAAAGAUGUCAUGUACUCCGAGAGAGCAUUUAUUUUUCACAGAUAUGAUAUCAAUAAAAG